AUGGGUAAAAAACCAGUAGCAAAAACGACCGGCAGGAAGAACGGAAGGCCAGCGCCGGCUAUCGCUGAGGUCGUUUAUGACGACUCCGCACGGAGAGACUACCUGACCGGCUUCCAUAAACGCAAACUCGAAAAGAAGAAAGCAGCCAUUGAGCGUCACGAGGCUCGUGUGAAAGAAGAGAGGAGGGAGCUUCGCAAAGAAAACAACAAACGACACCUUAUUGUCGACGACUUGGAGCGGAUCGAAGCAGUGACCCAAGAACAGGCGCUAGACAGCAACGCACACAAGGAGCGGACAGUGGAUGUAGCAACGAUACCCAGCGAGACACGGAUAACAACCGUAACGAUAUCUGAUUGGAACCCAGAGGACGCUGACGAAGAGGAGGAGAGGCACGAAACAGAUGACGAUGAUGAGAUGGAAGAGGACGGUGGUGAAGGAGGGGAAAAGGAGGUGACCGUGAAGAAGAAUGCGCCAAAAGCGAAGUCUGCUGCUGCGAAACCACGAUCGGCGCUGAAGAAGAGCGGGGUGUCGAAAGUGAGGACAAAGGCCAACCCGCAUAUGAAGCGGAAAGAGAAGGAUGGGAAGAAGGGGGUCAAAUCGAAGAGAGGAAAGCCACGGAAGUGA